GUUAACAUUAGAUACCAAGUGCACUUUAUUGACGUGUGUAAAGCGUUCGAGGCUGUGUUUGUGAAUGCGGUUUAAUGUUAUUGUGGGGUCCAGAUGUACCAAGGAACAUGAGACAAGAUUUGAUCCUGUGGGGAGAUGGUGCAACUUUAAAAAAACAAAAACAUAUUCGUUUCAGGUCGCUGGUGUUGACAUUAGAUUUGGAUCAUGUUGGAGGAAGGUCCUCAUUAGUCAGCUCAAACGCGCCUCGUGUGGAGUCGGCGCGUGAAGUCGAACGUGUGCCUGCGCGCGCGCCAGUCGGUCUGUGCUAAGAUGACGUGAGCGCGCACGAGAAACCCAAAAAAAAAAAAAAAACGGUGGGCGUGUCAAAAAAAAAAGAAAAGAAGGCGAGCCGUGCGUUUCCUGUCGAAAUGAGCACGUGCUUCCGCGAGAGGUCCCUCUGUCAAGUCGGUGCGCGUUGUUGUCGCGUGCGUGUUACCCUUUAAAUUGCACCCGCACUGCGAGGCUCUCACGGUGUUCAGGUUUGUCUUUUUGGUUUGAUUGAUUGAUUGAUUGAUUGAUUUUCCUUCCGGGUGCGUUUGUGUAUAACAACACCGUCGUCGUCGUCCACCGGAACCUGCGCUCGUAUCAUGACGCUGGAGGCGAUCCGGUACCGGGCCGGGUCUCUGCAGAUCCUCAACCAGCUGCUGCUGCCGCGGGAGAGCGUGUAUGAGGAGAUCCACACCGUGCAGGACGGAUAUGAGGCCAUCAGGAACAUGAAGGUGCGCGGCGCCCCUGCCAUCGCCAUUGUGGGCUGCCUGAGCCUGGCGGUGGAGCUUCGCGCGGGUGCCGGAGGCGAUGACCCUGUGUCGUUCAUCAGGGAGUCUCUGUGUCACCUGACCUCGGCGCGGCCCACCGCCGUCAAUAUGGGGCGAGCGGCGCGAGAGCUGAUGGAGUUCACCGAGAACGAGAGCAUGGAGAAGGCCGGAGAGCAGCUCAGAGAAUGUGUAAUUGUUUGGAUUGAGAAGAUGCUGGAACGAGAUGUGAAUGAUAACCGCAAGAUUGGUAACUAUGGCGCCCAGCACAUCCUGUCCGGUGUGCCAAGAGACUCCGUCACCGUCCUCACACACUGCAACACGGGCAGCCUGGCCACCGCUGGAUACGGCACCGCACUCGGUGUGGUGCGGUCGCUGCACGCUCUGGGACGUCUGAAGCGAGUGUUUUGUACAGAGACGAGGCCGUAUAACCAGGGCGCCAGACUCACAGCGUACGAGGCCGUGGCCGAGGGCUUCCCCGCUACACUCAUCACAGACAGCAUGGCCGCUCUCACCAUGAGGGAGAAAGGCAUCGCAGCCGUCGUCGUCGGCGCAGACCGAGUCGUCGCUAACGGUGACACGGCAAACAAAGUGGGCACGUACCAGCUGGCUAUUGCUGCAAAGCAUCAUGGGAUACCGUUCUACGUGGCAGCCCCGAGUACAUCAUGUGACCUGAGUCUGGAGACUGGGAGAGACAUCGUGAUCGAGGAGAGACCGGCGGAGGAGCUCACCAGCAUCAAUGGGGUCCCGGUCGCUGCUCCAGGUAUCGACGUGUGGAACCCGGCGUUCGAUGUCACUCCUCAUCAGCUGAUCACGGGCGGGAUCAUCACCGAGCUCGGUGUGUUUCUGCCGUCUGAGCUGCAGGCCGCUCUCACCGGCCGCCUCACCGCGCUGUAGAGUCCACAUCGCCCCCUGCAGUGCACAGUGUGUUACUGCACCUUCAUUAACGCCCUUCAGCUCACACCCUCAUUCCCAUUUCUUCACACAAGGGGGGGGGAUCUCACCUAGGUUAAAAAUACCCCCUCACACACACGCACACACACGCACACGCGCACACACACACACACACACAGGCAGGUAGAGUGACGUGAAAAUUACAACACAUACAUUUUCGCAGUUGUACAUCAACCUGUAAAUCACACUCGCACCUACACACAGGCACAUCACCAAACACACACACGCGCACACACACACUCUACGCUGUUUGUGUGUGUGUGAAAGAGAGAGAGAUUAUGCUGUAAAUGCCGUUCCUUUUCCCCAUACUUGCUCAGCUCCAGUCCUUACUGAUCAGUGUGACACGGAGCGCGGCUUUCCCGAAGGCCAACGUGUUUUCUAAUAAACGUUUUGAGAAAUCACAACCUAAACUUAUUUCAGUUCGGCUUUCGUCUUAAAUCGUUAAUUAACAGAUUAGCGUAGAAUCCGAUUUUUAGCUCCGUAAAAUAAGGGCUACAUAGUGUAGUACGUGUGUACAAGCCUGGCAGCUGAAGGCAAAGACCUUUUGGCUCAUCAGUUAGAUAUUAAAAUGUUAAAUUAACAUUUCUUUCUUUUUUUUUUUUUUUCUUUUUUUUUUUUUUUUUUUUUUAGAUACAGCGGUACCUCGGCAUACAGAUUUAAUCUGUUCCAGAGGCGAGUUCUUGAAGCGAAAUUUCAUUAUUGCAAUCAGAAAUGGUAAAUGCAGAUAAUCAGUUCCAGCCUCCCAAAAAUAUUAUCAAUAUUACAGAAGUCCAACACUAUAAUCAUAUUUUUUGCAUAUAAAAACAAGCAAAACAUUUAGAAAAGACAUGUAAAUGAAGUAAAAUAUGAAAUAAAUAGACAUUAAACUUCACUUAACCUUAGUUUAUGAUUCCUUUCGACUGCUUUAGAAACUAAACUGAAAGUGACUCCGUUUUCUUCUUGCUACCGUCCUUGAUAACAUUCUUGGGACCCAUGCUGCAGUCUUCACUAAUUCUUACACAAAAUGCAAAAAAAAACAUAAACUCUUUGUUUGACCUUCCACUGACGCAAACGAACAAUUUCCAAAAGCCUCCCGGACAUAUGCGCGACUUUGCCGCUGUCCGGUUCGGUUCGGUCGCUCGUAUGCUUUCUUGAGGCAAAACUUUUGUUCUUGAGGCGAAAAUUGUUAAGGCUGGACAAAGGCUGAGGUACCUCUGUGUAUAAAAACACAUACACAUGUACAGUAUGUAUAGUAGUUCUUACUUCGUUUAAUCCACCCUAAGCCUGAAAUCAACAUUAAUAUAAUGAUCAAUGAUAAAGUAAAGUGGCUGCUGAUCGCAUUGGUGUUGCACUCGACCGAAAACACAGUACCAGUCAAAAGUCUGGACACAGAGGGUUUUGUUUUUCAUUCCAGAACAGUACUGGUACACAAAGAAGGUUAUUGUGUAUUUUAUGGAUGGACACCUUCAGUAUUAUUUUAUAAUGUAGAAAGAAAUCAAAAUUAUGGAAGACCAUGGAGUUAGAAGGUGAGUCCACACUUUUGACUGGUAGUGUAAAAAAAAAAAAAAAAAACAAACAAAAAAACCUCAUUGGGCGUGUCCUAAAACCUGACACCCAUCAAUCAUUCUCUAGCAGUGUUAUGGUUUCGGCAUCAAGGCUGACACAAAACAUGAACUUGUUCAGGAACUGCCGUCGUUCUCGGUUCCUCAAAGAGCCAGGAUCCACAGAGCCUCGUUUUCUACCCAGCGUGUAACUGAUAUAUUAGCACUAAUAGGAAAAUGUGCUUUUUUCUUUUCUUUUCUUUUUGGAAAGGAUGGAAUUCUGUCUCAAGACAAAACUGAUUAUCACUAUGUUUGUUGUGUUGAAACAGUUUUCAAACCUUGUUACAAUAAAAUUAACUGAAAAAAUAUUUAGGAAAUAUUUUUUUUUGAAAAAGAUAAAACAUGUUAGUCCUCAACACAAUAAGACGGUUAAUGUGUGUUAACAGAACAAUGAAUUAGGGAAUAUACAGUAGGACCCUGCGAACAUGGGUGCGCUUAACGACGCGUUAAAACACUUUCUUCUUUGCCUGUCGGCAAAUAUUAAACAUCACCUUACGUUGCCCGUGAAUAAAUUCUUAACGCAUAACAGAGAUUACCCAGAAUGCCAUUGUAGGGAUUAAUUUUGUAACCUGUAAUAUUUUUGAACUAGUAUUGCUAGCAUAAUAAUGUAAAGUAGACCUACUGUGGCUUCUAACGGUCACGCUAACACGGUUAUACUAUAUAAGACGAGCCGAUUUUUAAGAUGGUUAAACCGUACCUAAAUGGACAAAUAGCUAGCGGUAGUCAUAGCUGGAGUGACUAAACGGUGCUAUGGAGCUAGACGUUACACUAUACCUCACUAGAUUACCCAGAAUCCUUUGUUCCUGCAGCUUCUAAUUGUGUUUUUGUUAAAGUGCUACGUAAAGUCUCAUUUAAAAAAACGGUGUACGUGCUAAUGUUCGAGGAAUCUCACAGUCCAGUCAGUGUGUACAGAACAAGAAUGAAGCUAAUGUUGUAUGACUAGCAUGCACCUAUACAUGGUUAAGGUACAUGUGGACGCAGAGUGAUGGUGAAAAUCUGACGAAUCAAUUGAGAAUAUCAACAUUUACCUCAGAUCUGGUGAGAACUGACUAAGAAAACCCUUCAUGUCACUAAUAAAUAUAUUUAGCUUUGGUGGCUAACCAGAGCACUACUUAUUUUGACGUAUUAAAGGGGAAAAAGAUCAACGAUUUGGAAUAUAAAUUGUGCAAUUUGGGACUAAAUACAGUCGUGUUGAAGUUAGUGCUCUCUCUUUACAACCUUAGACAAACAACAUAUAUAUUUUUUUACCGUGCCGUCAUUUAUUUAACAAAAAAUAAGCCAAAAAUGAAUAAAUCGUGUGCAAUACUACAUACCCCUCACUCCCUCACCACACUUCAAUAGCUUGUACAUCCAACUUUAGCAGCAAGAAGCUGAAGUAAUCACUUCCUGUAUGACUCGCACAUUGUUUUGGUCCACUGUUCUUUAUAAAAACGCUUCAGUUCGUUGCGAAACUGUCAAAACUUCUGCCUUUACAGAGGUCUGCACACCUGCUGAUGAUCAAUAAAUAAAGAGCUGAUUAAGGAUCAGUAGCAACUGCAACUUACCCUCCUAAAUCCUGUAAAAGCAGUAAGGGCGUUCUGGGUCCAAACACCUUUUUUUUUUUUUUUCUAUUUGUAUUUUUUGGUUUAUUUUUGGUUAAAUACUGCCACGGUAAAAAGAGUUAUGUUGUUCCUGUGGUUACAUUUGCGUCACAAUAAGACCUGCUACAAUCGGGUGAUUUGUUUUUACAUACACAAAAAAAUGUAAUUAAAAGAGGAUCCACUAACUUUUACACUACAAUUACAACCUUUAAAAAGAGCAAACAUUACGAGGUGAUUAGCAUGAGGUAAUCCGUUCAAAUUGAGGAAAUUGAAAUGAAUUUAAGUAUUUAGUGAACGUAAGAGAUGUUAAAAGUUAUUUCCUUUGCCAAUAAAUGUGGUCAUGCUAGCUCGCAACA